UAUCUCAUUAAAGAAUUACAUCCAUGGCUAACUUUACCUUGCCAUUUAUACUUUAUGCUGUGCUUAUGGGUUUCUAUAGAAAACCCCACCACCAGUUUGCUGCAUUCAACGCAAACUGGCAAUCUUUGUCUUCAGCCUUCCCACAGAAUUUUGUUUCAAUUGGUUACAUGAUCCUUUUAGUCUUAAUUUCAAGCUACUCAACGUCUCCCAAUUGGACCCAGUUGUUUCAUAAGCUUCUCUAGCUACCACCUUUUGCCAUUGCUGAUCAGUUGACCACUAAUUUGAAAGAUGGAGUUUAGUAGAGUUAACAUGAGGGCCCGUUGCUCUGGUUCAACACCAUCGGAGGAAUCAGCUUUAGAUACUGAAAGAAACUGUUGCAGUCAUCCUAGCCUGCCUUCAUUAAGUCCCCGACCUCUUCAACCUUUUGCUUCUGGUGGACAGCACUGUGAGAGCAGUGCUGCUUAUUUCUCCUGGCCUAGCUGGCGGUUAAUUGAUGCUGCUGAGGAAAGGGCAAACUAUUUUGCAAAUCUGCAGAAAGGGGUUCUACCUGAAACUCUUGGUCAGUUGCCAAAGGGGCAACGAGCAACUACAUUGCUUGAACUCAUGACUAUUAGGGCAUUUCAUAGCAAGAUCUUGCGAUGUUACAGUCUUGGCACAGCUAUUGGCUUUCGCAUUCAACGAGGUGUGCUAACAGACAUACCAGCCAUUCUUGUUUUUGUUUCUAGGAAAGUUCAUAAGCAAUGGCUCAGCCCCAUCCAAUGUCUGCCCAAUGCCCUUGAGGGACCAGGAGGUGUAUGGUGCGAUGUUGAUGUGGUUGAGUUCUCAUAUUUUGGUGCACCUGAGCCAACUCCCAAGGAACAGUUAUAUACUGAGAUUGUAGAUGAUUUGCGUGGAGGUGACUUGUGUAUUGGUUCCGGUUCUCAGGUGGCAAGCCAGGAGACCUAUGGAACAUUAGGUGCUAUUGUGAGAAGUCAGACUGGCAGUAGACAAAUUGGGUUUCUAACGAAUCGGCAUGUUGCUGUUGACUUGGAUUACCCAAAUCAAAAAAUGUUCCAUCCUUUGCCCCCAACACUUGGACCUGGUGUCUAUCUUGGUGCAGUUGAGAGAGCCACUUCAUUCAUCACAGACGACCUUUGGUAUGGCAUUUUUGCUGGAAUAAACCCUGAGACAUUUGUCAGAGCAGAUGGGGCAUUCAUCCCAUUUGCUGAUGAUUUUGAUAUGUCCACUGUAACCACAUCUGUGAAAGGUGUAGGAGAGAUUGGUGAUGUAAAGAUUAUAGAUUUGCAGUCUCCAAUCAGCAGCCUUAUUGGGAAGCAGGUGAUGAAGGUUGGAAGAAGUUCUGGCUUGACCACAGGAACUGUAUUGGCCUAUGCCCUUGAGUACAACGACGAAAAAGGCAUAUGCUUCUUAACUGAUUUUCUUGUUGUAGGUGAGAACCAGCAGACUUUUGACCUUGAAGGGGAUAGUGGAAGCCUCAUCAUAAUGAAAGGUCAGAAUGGCGAGAAGCCACGGCCUAUUGGGAUCAUAUGGGGUGGGACCGCUAAUCGUGGCCGACUUAAGCUGAAAGUUGGCCAGGCGCCUGAAAAUUGGACUAGUGGAGUUGAUCUUGGCCGACUUCUCAAUCUUCUUGAACUUGAUCUCAUCAAUACCAAUGAGGGGCUCAAAGUGGCAGUACACGAGCAAAGAGCUGCAUCAGCAACGGCAAUUGGCUCCACAGCGGGAGACUCCUCACCCCCAGAUGGAAUGUUUCCUAGGGACAAAGUUGAAGGCAAAUUUGAGUCGUUAGGUCUUCAAAUUGAGCAUAUCACCAUGGAAGUCGAACACAAAAACGCAGAAAUGAAACCAUCACCAAUGGAAAAUGAAUUUCAUUUGGAAGAUGGGAUCAAGGUAGCUCCUAGUGUUGAACAUCAGUUUAUUCCAAGCUUCAGAAGACAGUCCCCGCUGCAUAAGAACAGCUUACCAGAGAAGGCAGUAUCACAGAACCUCGCUUCUCUGAGGAAUGGCUGUGAUGAAGAUUCAUGUGUUUCAUUGCACUUGGGUGACAAUGAAGCCAAAAGGAGGAGAUCAAUUGCUUCAACUAGUAUUGAGAAACUGAAAUGAGUCGGAUGGUUGCUUGAACUUCUGGUGUUGAAUGAUUUUGCAAAUGGAUGCAACUGCAUUGAAACUUUCGUUGUACAUUGUAUUGUAGUGGGUAAAUUGCUGCUCGAGAAAAUGGGCUGUGAGCAUACAAAUUCUGGAUUUUCUGUGAUAUGGUGAUAACAUGGUUCAGUUUAAUGUCAACUUUGCUUUCGCAAAAAGAUGUCAUGAUUCUAGUUAAA